AAGGAUAGGCAGAUAGACUUCCCCAAUUCUUUACCACUGAUUUCCCCUUUCUCUAGAGGAAAUCUUAUGGCAUGGCUUCCAUCUCAAAAAAAAAAAGGGUGCUCAGAAAGAAUCAGUGUUUGGGAAAGGGGUGCAGCAAGCAAGCUGUCUGGGGGAAUGUAUGGGAACAUCGGCGAGUUAAUGAUCAACUCUUCAGCCAGCCAGCCACCACACUGAGCUUCCCAUUUCCUCAGCAGGCCAGGUAAAAAAGGGCAGGCAGGAAGAUAUGUGUACACAUACGGGAAGUCUCUGCCUGUGGGGCUGGAGCUGAGGCCGGGCUGGCUCUGUAUACAGGCAGCAGGGUUAGGGAAGGAUGAAGCGUCCUCUGACAAGCUGGUCAUGCAGAUCUUAUAGCAAGAAGUGAAUCAACAAGUCAUGGAGGGGCCAGUGGUACCAUCUGAUGCUACGGUAAAAUGCUUCAUCCAAGACACUGAGCCCCAGCCUAACCAAGAAGAGGAAGAGGAGGAAGGAUGGCAGCAGCGCUUGAGUCCCCUGAUGGGAAGAAAGCUGAUGGGGUCCUUGGAAAGGAGAGACCAGGAUUGGAGGAGGAAUGUUCUUGAUGGUCUUCAGGGACCAACCAGACCCAUCCAGGCUCCCAAGGUUCUAGGAGAAAAGGAAAAUGAAGAAACUUUUGGGUUCAGAAAAAUGGAAACUCGAUUCUCUGAUGGCUACAGGACCACAGCGGGGACAUCUCUCGGCCAGAUGGGAACUUUUCCAACAGACAUUUCCUUGAAACUCAUUAUGGUGCAAUCAAAGAGUGGCCUUCCUGAUCCUUGUAUGCAGGAAGAAUUGAGACGAAGACUCCGACUUUUGGAAAAUGACAGCAGGGAGGUUUCAACUGUGUUCAGUGAGCUGUCAGCCAGGCUGCUGUCCAUUCACAGUGACCAGGACCUCAUUUUAGUGACAUUUAAAACUUUUGAAGAAAUAUGGAAGUUUUCCACCUAUUACUGUUUAGGUUUCAUAAACCACUGCAUGGAAAACUUGUUGAUGGACCAAGACUUCUGGCUUCUCUCCAGUUACAAGAGCAGUGGGGACAGUUCAGACUUCGAUGCUGGCAUUGAUGUCUUUAUUGAUGAAGAAGCUUUACAGUUAAUGCAUAAGAGCCUCUUAAUCCAGGAAGGGUCAUUCUUUGUAUUGUGUCCUGACAACCAAAUAAGAGAGAUCAUGACUCCAAGAGGCCAGAGGAAGGCUGGUCAGCCCUGUCGGAUUGCAUCACCAAACUGUCUGGAGGCACUGACGCAGACUGCCCAACCACUGUCUAAUAGUCUUCCUGUGUCAACUGAAGGGGCCUCUGAGGAACUAUUGAUUCCAUUUCAUCAGUGGUGUCUUAAAGUACAAUCUGAUCCUGUAGGUGUCUUGGCUGCUGAAUCCACAAUCUGCAAUCAAAUUGUUAUAGGUACGUGUUUUGCCAUAAUGGAUCACUAUAGUCAAGUGCCAGAGGAGAUGAGUUUCCAGGAUGGGGAUCAGAUCGAGAUCCUGGGUGUCCUUGUUUCCUGCCUUGGGUGGUUUUUAGGAAGACAUUUGAUGACUGGUCAGGUCGGCUUUGUGAAGACCAGUCACAUUCAAGCAUGUAAUCAAGCUUCCAGGUUAGCAAAUGUGAUCUUUUUGGAUGAGGAGGAAAGGUCAUUUUUCAUCAACAAAAAGAAUUUUUCAGAAGAUGAUAUGAUCCACUUAUUAAGGAAAACAGCCCCUUCUACUGUUUGUACAGCAUACAGUAUGGAUUUAUUAGAAGAAAUGGAAUUUCAGAAAUCCCGAGAACAAGAAGUGCCUCAGGCUCCACUCAUUUCUGACCCAAGUCCAGUGACUGACAAGGUGAAAGCUGUGUUAGAGAGGUACAAGGCUCUCCAACUGUGUCCUCAAGAGACAGACAUCCAGGGAGAGGAUGAUGACCAGCCGUUAUCUCCCGAGAGCUCACCGAUACCUGAGGAACCCCAUUUCUGCUUCAAGGUGGAAGAAAAUGACAAUAACCCGGAAAGAUUUUUCCUCUUGCUACUGUUCCUAAAUGAGGAUGAAUACAAGCCAUGCUACAGGGGCCUGUAUGACUUCUCUUUUUCAUGUCUGAACACCAUGUUUGAGGGAUAUACCGAGGAGGAUGAACUUGUCUAUUCCUUGGGGCAGGCAAGGGUAGCCGCCAAGAAGGCAAACCUUCCCAUGGCCCUGACAAGAUUGUGCUUUCUCCUUGGGAGGCUAUGUGUCAGAAAACUCAAGCUUUCCCAAGCCCGGGUUUAUUUUGAAGAAGCCUUGGGAGCAUUGAGAGGCAGCUUCAGUGACCUUUUCCUUGUGGUUGCUAUUUACACCAAUCUUACUGCCAUUUAUUUGAAGCAGAAAAACAGAGAGAAAUGCGCUCUUGUGUUUGGCAAGGUAGCAGCUCUGCUCCUGGGAAUUCCCAGCUAUAUUUGCAGCACUGAAACGGAGGCCGAUCUCCUCAGGUUUGUUUUGAAGAUGGUCAUCUUGAGCCAACAAAGCCAACAGGCCGAAGCCAGGGUCUGUUUCCUGUUGGCCAAGCAUUAUAUUAAUCUCAAGCAGUCAGAAGAAGCCUUGCCCUUCCUAGAGAGGCUGCUGUUUUUGAAUGGUGAACUGGGUUUAUGGGAUAGCUCAUGGUCUACAGAUUGCUACUUCCAUGUUGGGGAGAUCUACAGCAGAAAAUGUCUGCCGCACCUUACACUGAGCUGCAUCAAAGUUGCCUCUUUCCAAAGGUCUCAAACCUUCAUGAGCUCCUUGGAGAGCGUCCAGUUGGUCAUUCAGAAUACCCCCAGACUUUAUGGCCUGAGGAAGGUGGACCACGUGCUUCCCUCCCAAAUCGCACACUACCUCAAGCAAGCGUUGUCCUCUGCUGUGACUUCUCAGGAACAAAGGCUCUGUGGGGCCAUUUACCGUAGCCUUUCAGAACUCUAUAGCCACCACAGGAGAUACGAAGAAGCCAUUGAGUACAGGUGGAAAGCCGUGGAAGCUGAUGGUUCGGCCAGCAUUGGCCGGGUCGUUGACAACUUAGUUUCUUUCGCUUGGUUGCACAUUCUUCACAGACAAAAUCCAGUAGCACUGGGCAUCUUAGAGUCCAUUGUCGAGUCCUCUGAAAGUAGUCCUCAACAAUUAGGGAUCAUUCAUAACAUGGCUGCCAUCGCUCUGAAAAGAAUGAACAGGACCAGGAGAGCGGCCGAGGGUUACUACAAAGCACUCCGUGUGUCUAAAGAGCUUGGCGCGGUGCACAACCAGGCGGUUGUUCUGGCGAACUUCGGGGCGCUCUGUCUGCACUUGAACGCCAGUGGUCUGGCUGAACACUAUUUCACUGAAGCAGUAAAACUCUUCUCCCAACUUCCAAGUACUGUGUGUGGUCGAGAAUUCGUCCAAGCUCUCCUCUGGCUGGGGCAGCACUAUACUAGCGGUGCUCAACAGGAGAAGGGAAAGUGCUACUUUGAGUGGGCAUUCCUGGUGGCCAUGGAAAUGAGCCAUUUUGAAAGCCAACUUCAAGCAAUCCAGUUGCUGUGUCAUUUUUACAGCGACAUCAUGCCAAAUGAAGCCCAAUGUGUCAUCUACAAUGAAUAUCAACUCUCUUUGGCAAGGAGGAUGUCAGACAAAAUGCUGGAAGGGCAGCUAUUGGAAACCAUCAGUCAGCUGUAUCUUUCUUUAGGUACAGAAAGAGCUUACAAGUCAGCCCUUGAAUAUACUAAGAGAAGUCUUGGAAUAUUUAUAGAUCUUCAGAAGAAAGAAAAAGAGGCCCAUGCUUGGCUCCAGGCAGGAAAGAUCUAUUACAUUCUGAGGCAGACUGAAUUAGUAGAUUUAUACAUUCAGGUGGCUCAAGAUGCUGCACUCUACACUGGAGAUCCCAGCCUGGGGUUGGAAAUGUUUGAAGCUGCUGGAGACAUAUUCUUCAAUGGUUCUUGGGAGAGAGAAAAAGCAGUGUCUUUCUACAGGGACCGUGCUCUUCCUCUUGCUAUUAGGACUGGUAACAAGGAGACAGAACUGCGACUUUGCAACAAAUUGGUGGAAUUGCUGUACUUUCUCAAGUCCCACCAGGAGUGUCUAGAAUUUGCACAUACCUCUCUUGCCCUCAGCAUAAACUUAGGAAGCCGGUUAAAUGAACGUGUGGCCUACCAUCGGCUGGCUGCGGUCCACCACCGCCUGGGGCAGUGUGAGUUGGCUGAACACUUUUACCUCAAGGCUUUGUCUCUGUGCUCAUCACCCCUGGAAUUCGAUGAAGAGACUUUGUAUUAUGUGAAGGUGUACCUGAUCUUGGGAGACCUCAUAUUCUAUGAUCUAAAGGACCCAUUUGAUGCUGCUGGCUAUUACCACCUUGCACUUGCAGCUGCUAUGGAUUUAGGUAACAAGAGGGCUCAGCUGAAAAUUUAUACAAGGUUGGCUACAAUCUAUCACAACUUUCUCGUAGACCGAGAGAAAUCCCUCUUUUUCUACCAGAAAGCAAGGACCUUUGCAACAGAGCUGAAUGUUCGAAGAAUCAACUUGGCCCCCGACCAAUUUUACAGGGGGGCAGCCUGGAUUGUGUCCAAAAGCCAUGCAUGAAAUCACUUCCCUAUAUUAUGUGUUGUUUUUAAAAAAUGAUAAAUCCAUAUGUAUUAUAGACAUAUAUUUGUUAAUAUAUGAAAAAUCCAGUGUCACAAAUUGAUGUCUCUCUGGUAACCAUAACUUAAAGAAUUAUUAUUAUUAUUAUUUUGCAUUAAAAUAUAUUCUGUAUGUAUUUAAAU